AUGGGUUGCUUACUGAGUAUCGACGAAAAAGCAGCCGUAGAAAGAUCAAAACGGAUUGAUGCUUCCCUCAAAAGUGAUGCCGAAAAGAUGGCAAGGAUAGCAAAGUUAUUGUUGCUUGGCGCUGGGGAGUCCGGGAAAAGCACGAUACUGAAGCAACUGAAAAUAAUUCAUCAGUCUAACUAUACGAAGGAGGAAUGUUUGCUUUACAAGCCUGUCGUAUACAGUAACACAGUUCAGAGUAUGAUAGCCAUUAUAAGAGCUAUGGGACAUCUGUACAUAAAGUUCGAAGAUGAAGGCAGAAUUGAUGACGCACGACUUUUAUUUUCAUGUGCUCAUGAAGCUGAAGAAGGUUAUUUAUCUACAGAAGUGUAUACAGCUCUUCGUCAGCUCUGGAAUGAUGGGGGCGUUCAACAGUGCUUUCAACGUUCAAGAGAAUAUCAGUUAAAUGACUCGGCACCUUACUUUUUUAAUUCCCUUGAUCGACUGGCUAAAUAUGAUUACGUACCAACCGACCAAGAUGUAUUAAGGACACGGGUCAAAACUACUGGUAUUCAAGAAACGCAAUUUAGUUACAGAAAAAUUGAAUUUAGACUAGUGGAUGUGGGGGGUCAGAGGUCAGAACGAAAAAAAUGGAUUCACUGCUUUCAAGAUGUAACCGCAAUCAUAUUUGUUGUUGCUUUGAGUGAAUACGAUCUUGGUUUAGCUGAAGACCAAACAACUAAUCGAAUGAUUGAGUCAAUGAAAUUAUUUGAUUCUAUAUGCAAUAAUAGUUGGUUCAUCGAAACUAGUAUGCUUUUAUUUCUGAAUAAACGCGAUUUAUUUCAACAAAAGAUUUCCACAUCUCCACUGACUAUAUGUUUCCCAGAGUAUACUGGGCUGAAUAAUUAUGAAGAAGCUAGUCUGUUUAUACAGCUAAAAUUUGAAGCCCUGAACAGACAAACAACGAAGGAAAUUUACACACACUUUACAUGUGCCACAGAUACUACCAAUAUACAAUUCGUAUUUGACGCUGUUACUGA